AAACGUACAGCAGCAGGGAUUCCCACGUGGUCACCCACCGUAGUACUAAUCUGCCGUUCAACUGCUUAUGUAUGGCAGAGCGGACGGGAUGCCCAGUUUUCAGCUGACUGUGGCCGUACGUGCAAUCAACUUUGUUCUUUGCGUAUAUAUCACAGCACAAAUUACUGGAGGCUUACCGAAGGAGUGGACCCCCUCCGGUAUCCAACGCUGGAAGCGGACCUCAAGGCCAAGCUCGUCGCACAGCGGACGUUAUCAGCGACUCGAACCUCGCACUCCGCUCUCAAGUCUUUUGAGCUCAACUUAGGACUCUAUUCCCGUCAAGACUGUCGGUCAAGCAGGCAGCUCAAUCCGCGGACUGAAUUUUCGCUACGCGAAUCGUACACGUCCUAA